CGGACCUGUGGGCGCGCGCGGUCCCACCCGGCCCGGCCCCGACCCCCGCGGCGGCGCGGGCCGAGGAGCGCGGCCGGGAGGAUGUCGGCGGGCGGCCGCGACGAGGAGCGGCGGAAGCUGGCCGACAUCAUCCACCACUGGAACGCCAACCGGCUGGACCUGUUCGAGAUCAGCCAGCCCACCGAGGAUUUGGAGUUUCAUGGCGUAAUGAGAUUUUAUUUUCAAGAUAAAGCUGCUGGAAACUUUGCAACAAAAUGCAUUCGGGUCUCUAGUACGGCCACCACGCAAGACGUGAUCGAGACGCUGGCAGAGAAAUUCCGCCCUGACAUGCGGAUGCUGUCGUCCCCCAAGUACUCCCUCUACGAAGUCCACGUCAGCGGAGAAGAAAGAAGAUUGGAUGUAGAUGAGAAACCCCUUGUUGUGCAGUUGAAUUGGAAUAAAGACGAUCGAGAGGGCAGAUUCGUUCUCAAGAAUGAGAACGAUGCCCUUCCUCCUAAGAAGGCUCAAAGCAAUGGACCUGAAAAGCAGGAGAAAGAAGGUGUUAUCCAGAACUUCAAGAGAACUCUCUCCAAGAAAGAGAAGAAGGAGAAAAAGAAGAGAGAGAAAGAGGCAGUGAGGCAGGCAUCUGAGAAAGAUGAUCGGCCUUUCCAAGGGGAUGACCUCGAGAAUUCCCGACUGGCCGCCGAGGUUUACAAAGACAUGCCCGAGACCAGCUUCACUCGCACGAUCUCCAACCCCGAGGUGGUCAUGAAGCGCCGGCGGCAGCAGAAGCUGGAGAGGCGGAUGCAGGAGUUCCGGAGCUCGGAUGGGCGGCCGGACUCAGGUGGAACACUGAGAAUUUAUGCAGAUAGCUUAAAACCGAACAUUCCCUACAAGACAAUCCUGCUGUCCACCACGGAUCCCGCUGACUUUGCUGUGGCCGAGGCUCUAGAGAAAUAUGGUCUGGAGAAGGAGAACCCUAAAGAUUACUGCAUCGCCCGGGUUAUGCUGCCUCCUGGAGCCCAGCAUUCGGAUGAAAACGGUGCUAAAGAAACGAUCCUCGAUGAUGACGAGUGUCCUUUACAGAUCUUCAGGGAGUGGCCAACUGACCGAGGGGUUUUAGUCUUUCAGUUGAAGAGGAGGCCGCCAGACUACGUCCCGAAGAAAACGAAGAAACAUGUCGACGGGAAGCUGGUGAAAGGGAAGGAGAGAGCCGAGGGUUCCGGCUACGGCUCAGCGCUUCCGCCUGAGAAGUUGCCCUACCUGGUGGAGCUCAGCCCAGAUGGUUCUGACUCCAGGGACAAGCCCAAGCUUUACCGCCUUCAGUUGAGCGUUACUGAGGUCGGGACAGAGAAGUUCGAGGAGAACUCCAUCCAGCUGUUUGGAUCAGGAAUUCAGCCCCAUCACUGUGACCUCACAAACAUGGAUGGAGUUGUCACCGUGACUCCGAGGAGCAUGGACGCCGAGACGUACGUGGAAGGACAGCGCAUCUCCGAGACAACCAUGCUGCAGAGUGGGAUGAAAGUGCAGUUUGGGGCGUCACACGUGUUCAAGUUUGUGGACCCCAGCCAGGACCACGCAGUGGCCAAGAGACCCGUGGAUGGAGGCCUGACGGCCAAGGGCCCCAGACAGAAGCCUGGAAUUGUUCAGGAGACAACUUUCGAUUUGGGGGGAGAUGUUCACAGCGGGGCAGCGCUGCCAGCGAGCAAGAGCGCCACCAGGCUGGACAGCGACAGGGCACUGCCUGCCCCCAGCACGGCCGAGCGCGGGACAGUGAAGCCGAUGCUGAGACUGGAGCAGCAGGACUACCGGCGGCAAGAAAACAGAACUCAGGAUGCUCUUGGGCCUGAACUCAUACUGCCUGCAAGCAUUGAAUUCAGGGAAAGUUCUGAAGAUUCAUUUUUAUCUGCCAUUAUAAAUUAUACUAAUAGCUCUACAGUCCAUUUUAAGUUGUCACCUACAUAUGUAUUAUAUAUGGCAUGUCGGUAUGUAUUGUCGAGCCAGUACAGACCCGAUGUCAGUCCUACAGAGCGUACUCACAAAGUGAUUGCCAUAGUCAACAAGAUGGUGAGCAUGAUGGAGGGGGUGAUUCAGGAAGUAGACCAGGUUGAUCAGAAACAGAAGAAUAUCGCAGGGGCACUUGCUUUCUGGAUGGCCAAUGCAUCUGAGCUUCUCAACUUCAUUAAGCAGGACCGAGAUCUUAGUCGAAUCACAUUGGACGCCCAAGAUGUUUUAGCACACUUGGUUCAAAUGGCGUUUAAAUAUCUGGUUCAUUGUCUUCAGUCAGAACUGAAUAACUACAUGCCGGCUUUUCUGGAUGACCCUGAAGAGAACAGUCUACAAAGACCAAAAAUAGAUGACGUCUUGCACACGCUCACGGGAGCGAUGGCGCUGCUGAGGCGCUGCAGGGUCAAUGCUGCUCUGACCAUCCAGCUUUUCUCUCAGCUCUUCCACUUCAUCAACAUGUGGCUCUUCAACAGAUUGGUGACCGACCCCGAGUCGGGACUGUGCUCUCACUAUUGGGGGGCGAUCAUCCGCCAGCAGCUGGGGCACGUGGAAGCCUGGGCAGAGAAGCAGGGAUUAGAGCUGGCGGCCGACUGUCACCUGAGCCGGAUAGUGCAGGCGACCACUUUGCUCACCAUGGAUAAAUACGCUCCUGAGGACACCCCAAAUAUCAACAGCACCUGCUUUAAGUUAAAUUCACUGCAGCUGCAGGCCUUGCUACAGAAUUACCACUGUGCGCCCGAUGAGCCCUUUAUCCCCACGGACCUGAUAGAGAAUGUCGUGGCCGUGGCCGAAAACACGGCCGACGAGCUGGCACGCAGUGAUGGGCGGGAGGUGCAGCUGGAAGAGGACCCUGAUCUGCAGCUGCCUUUUCUUUUGCCGGAAGACGGCUAUUCUUGUGACGUCGUCAGGAACGUUCCAAACGGUUUACAAGAAUUUCUGGACCCUCUGUGCCAGAGAGGGUUUUGCAGGUUAAUUCCUCAUGCACGUUCACCAGGUACUUGGACGAUAUAUUUUGAAGGUGCAGAUUAUGAGAGCCAUCUUCUGCGUGAGAACACAGAGCUGGCUCAGCCUCUGCGGAAAGAACCUGAAAUAAUCACUGUGACUCUCAAAAAGCAAAACGGAAUGGGCCUCAGCAUUGUCGCGGCAAAGGGUGCUGGUCAAGAGAAACUCGGAAUCUAUGUCAAGUCUGUCGUAAAAGGAGGUGCUGCAGAUGUGGAUGGGCGCCUGGCCGCAGGUGACCAGCUCCUCAGUGUGGAUGGACGAAGUCUGGUAGGACUCUCUCAAGAAAGGGCAGCAGAACUCAUGACAAGGACCAGUUCCGUGGUGACACUGGAAGUAGCCAAGCAAGGAGCCAUCUACCACGGCCUGGCCACCCUGCUCAACCAGCCGUCCCCGAUGAUGCAGAGAGUUUCAGACCGUCGUGGCUCAGGGAAACCCCGACCAAAGAGCGAAGGUUUCGAGCUCUAUAACAAUUCAGCUCAAAACGGGUCACCCGAGAGCCCUCAGCUGCCUUGGGCGGAAUACAGCGAACCGAAGAAGCUCCCUGGCGAUGACAGGCUGAUGAAGAACCGGGCUGACCACCGCUCCAGCCCCAACGUGGCAAAUCAGCCCCCCAGUCCCGGAGGGAAAAGCGCGUACGCCCCUGGAGCAGCCGCUAAGAUCACGUCCGUCUCCACCGGAAACCUCUGCACUGAGGAGCAGACCCCUCCACCUCGACCUGAGGCCUACCCCAUCCCCACCCAGACGUACACCAGGGAGUACUUCACCUUCCCGGCCUCCAGGUCCCAGGACCGCGUGGCUCCCCCUCAGAACCAGUGGCCCAGUUACGAGGAGAAGCCGCACGUACACACAGAUGGUCACCAGUCCGGCCCCGCGAUGCAGCGCGUCACCCGCUCCCAGGAGGAACUUCGGGAGGAUAAAGCUUACCAACUCGAGCGGCAUCGGCUGGAGGCGGUGCUGGAUCGCAAGUCCGACAGCGACGUGUGGAUCCAGCCGAGCUCCUCGGUGGGCUCCAGCACGUCCAGCCAGGAGCACCUGGACCCCUGCUCCAAGUCGGGCACCCCCGCCUCCACGCUGACCAAGAGCGGCCCCGGGCGCUGGAAGACGCCGGCCUCCGCGCAGCCCCUGCUGGCGGCCCCCCCGCCCGCGCAGACGGACCUGCCCCCGCCGCCCCCGCCGCCCCCCGCGCACUACACCGGAGACUUCGACGGGAUCCCCGUGGACCUGCCCCUCCCGCCCCCUCCCAGCGGCCAGGCGGCGGCGGAGCGGAGGAAACGGGAGGAGCAGCAGCGCUGGUACGAGAAGGAGAAGGCCCGCCUGGAGGAGGAGCGGGACAGGAAGCGCCGGGAGCAGGAGCGGAAGCUGGGCCAGAUGCGCUCCCAGGCCCUGAACCCGGCCACGUUCUCCCCGGUGACCGUCGCGCACACGAAGCCGGAGAAACCUUCCACGCUCCAGAGGCCCCAGGACACGGUCAUCCGGGAGCUGCAGCCCCAGCAGCAGCCACGCACCAUCGAGCGCCGAGACCUGCAGUACAUCACGGUCAGCAAAGAGGAGCUGUCCUCAGGGGACAGCCUGUCCCCCGACCCCUGGAAGCGGGACGCCCGGGAGAAGCUGGAGAAGCAGCAGCAGAUGCACAUCGUGGACAUGCUGAGCAGGGAGAUCCGGGAGCUCCAGAGCAAGCCCGAGCGCAGCGCCGAGGACAGCGACCGCCUGCGCAAGCUCAUGCUGGAGUGGCAGUUCCAGAAGAGACUGCAGGAGUCCAAGCAGAAGGACGAGGACGACGAGGAGGAGGAGGACGACGACGUGGACACCAUGCUGAUCAUGCAGCGCCUCGAGGCUGAGCGGAGAGCAAGGUUACAGGACGAGGAGCGGCGGCGGCAGCGGCAGCUGGACGACAUGCGCAGGCGGGAAGCGGAGGACCGCGCCAGGCAGGAGGAGGAGAGGACGAAGCGAGACGCCGAAGACAAGAGGCGACAGGAAGAAGGUUAUUACAGCCGCCUGGAAGCCGAGAGGCGCAGACAGCACGCGGAGGCCGAGCGCAGGCUGCUGGAGCCGGAGGAGCCGGGCCUGGGCAGACCGCCGCUGCCGCGGGGCUACGAGCUCCCGCCCCCGUCCUCCCCGGCGGCUGCUCCUCCUCCCCCACCUCAGCGGACCGCCUCCUCCCUGCAGGCCCCGGCCCUGUCCCCAGACUCCCUGUACACCGCCAGGCUCGUUGCGUACCACGAGGAGGAGGAGGAGGAGGACUGCAGUCUGGCAGGUCAGGACAAGCUCUCCCACACCGGCAGGUCCCGGGGCCGCCUUCCUCCCGCCGCCCCUGCGCCACGGCCACCCCCCCGCCGGCCGCGCCCGGCCUCCGACGGCCUCUUUCUCUCCGGCUCCCUGCAGCCCCCCUCGGCCGCUGCCCACGGUGCUGCUCCCGGAGCAGGCCGGCCCCCUCCUCCCCCUCCAAAGCCACCGGGCUCCCACCACCCCCGCCACUCGAAAGGACCAAACUCUUCCGUGGGAUCUUCCGGGGCAGUGAUCGGUGCCCGUGACGGCUCCCGGGACCCGAGAGAGAGGCUGGCGAAAAGCCAUGAUGCAGAUUUACCUGGAAAUUCCGGAGCCCCUGAGAACUUGACAUUCAAAGAGCGCCAGCGGCUGUUCUCACAAGGUCAAGAUGUGUCCAAUAAAGUGAAAGCCUCUCGUAAAUUAACAGAACUGGAAAACGAACUGAACACAAAGUGAGACCAGGAAAUGGCACCCGUGCUCAGCCCAGCGUCCUCCCGGUGCGGCUUUGGAGGAUGGUCGGGGGAGAGAAGGAGGCGGCGGCAUUUCCGAGUCACAGAAGGGCUGUUUGGAAGAUGGGUGGGAUUUAGAGGUGGUCCCAGCCCAAGAAGCCCUUUUGUUUUACCAGGAGAUUAUCAUUUAUACCAUGUACACACUGUCUAAUUUCUUAAUUAUCUGACUCACCCGAAGAUACGUUUUUUGUUGCUUUUUCUAGAGUCCAAGCUGGAAAGGGGGAGCGUGCAGCGCAGGCGAGGGCAGUGGGGUGUCUCCCCCGCUGUCCCCAGGGGGUGCCGAGAGGCCACGUCCGUCCCGUGUCACAGACUGGACUGUAGGGAUGGGACGGGGAGUAGCCUGAACCCCCAGACCUUGUUUGCACUAUUCCGUAGUAACUGCAGAUGUCCCGGAGGAGGGUGGGCACGGAGGACACGCCCGGCGCGUUGAGUCCAGAGCUCGCAUGGGCCGGGCUCGCUAGUCUUGUCCGUGCAGUCAGUUUGCGGCUCGGACCCACACCUCCUGGGAGGGAGGUGAUGCCCAUCGGAGACCCUGCCCCUCUCCUUCCAUACGGGGACAGCCCUCCCAGUACAUUCUAAAUAGUUGAUUUUAAAAAAUUCUCCAAGAAGAAAAUUUUGAGGAUUUAAGCUUAGGAUAUUUUAUUUUUAUAAAUGUCAGAUUACUGUUAGGCUAAUAAAUCAUUGGUGAUUUUGAAGAUGGCAAUGACGUUAGGAAGUUAAUAUUUCAAAUAUUCAGGGGAAUCUGUAAAAGAGCAUCUGUUUAGCUGGGCAGUGUUGAUGUGGGUAGAAACACAGAUAUUGGAGAGGGAUGGGGGGGGGGGCAGGGGUCAGUAGUGACCUUUGAGCACAACUAUUGCUCAGAAAUUUUAAAUGCAGAGAAGAAAGAGUGACAUCCAUGUCCUGUCUGGGAAAGAAGGGCCAAUGACAUGGCAUCUGCGAUUUAAAUACUGUAAGAGUGACUUGUGAGGCAGUUGAAAGUAUUUUUUUUUUCACAUCUGAUAGUUACUGAACUUUCAUUUGAUGAGUUACUGUGACCAGUGUCCUUUCUUUAGCUGUGAACAUGUGGCCGAUACAGACACGGGUCUCACUCUGGUUUCUGCUGUGUGAUGUGAAAAUGGUAAAUUACGUGGGGAUUAUGAGCAAAGCUUCUAUUUGACAAGGCCCUGCUGUGGGAUCCUGAGGAUUUUUCUGCACCAGAUUGUUAUUACAAAAUGCGUAUGUUAGAAAAACGUGCACACUUUCAAACAGAAGAGGGAGGAGAGCCUUUUUAGCCUUAGAAAUCACUUUAAUAGGCGCUGUAUGAUAAAUCAUUGAAACGCGAGUGUAAAUAUUUUUCACGUCUAUCAGGGUUCUUAUCUGGAAGUGUGCUGUCACCGCUGCCCUCGUUUAAGAGAGUAACCUGGUCUACGUGUUUAUGAAGGAUGCGCUUGCUUUAGAGCUCUAGGAGAAGCGGGCCCCUCCCGGAGAGCUCGACAACACUGGCCGCCUCACGGGGACAAAAUCCACACUUGCUGUCAUGAAGCAGACGCAGCGGAGUCACUGUUCCGUUAAUCUGUAGAAAGAACAAACACGCCUAAGUACACGCACAUACAUGUAAAUACUUACAUGCAGGGGCGUGUGUGAGUGUGUGUGUGUGCGUGUGUGUGUGUGUGUGGUUGUAAACCUGGAAACGGGUGGGUUUGGCCGCCCGUGGGUGACGAGGUCAUGACUGUGCGUCACUGUGGAAACACCAGAACUGCUGUACUUCCCAUUUCUACUGUAGCUCAUUUGCAAUCUAUUUUUAAUAAACUUUGUAUGUAUUUGAGCGGA